AUGGCUUUGAUUGCAGUUGAAAUUUUCGAUGUCAUGAGCAUUAAUCGAUCGAUCGCCUACCUAGAAAAUAUCAGUUGUGAUGAAUCAGUAAUGGCAGUCAAAAGGCGUUUAUCUGAAAAGCUUUCACUUCCUAUCAAUCAGAUAGCUUUGCGGUUAGAUGCGAAAGGAAAGAAUUUGAAAGACGACCUAGUUGUGCAGGAUCUUAAUUUACCUUCGAAGGGUGCCCACCUGUAUAUUCGAAUUCUUGGGCCACAAAUUGGGUGGAAGACGGUUUUCCUUCUUGAAUAUUUUGGACCGCUUGUGAUUUAUCCGAUUUUCUAUCUGAGGCCAGCUGAAAUCUAUGGACUAGACGCAUCUCGAUAUCCAGUGUCUUACGGAGUAAAAUUUGCAUUGGUUUGUUGGACACUUCAUUAUGCAAAACGUUUGCUGGAAACCCAGUUUGUUCAUCGAUUCAGUAAUGCAACAAUGCCUUUACGGAAUAUAUUCAAAAACUGCGGUUACUACUGGGCGUUCGCAGCAUUUGUCAGCUAUUUUAUCAAUCAUCCGCUGUAUACCCCACCAUAUUUUGGUUUCGUACAAUUUGCCACGGGCCUGAUUGGUUUCAUCAUUUGUGAAUUCGGUAAUUUUUCAGUUCAUUUGCUUUUGAAAAACUUGCGCCCUUUGGGUACCAAAGUUCGCAAGAUCCCAAUGCCAGAUGCUAAUCCGAUGACAUUGAUGUUCAACGUCGUAAGCUGUCCCAAUUACACUUACGAAGUGGGAUCGUGGUUGUGUUUUUCAUGUAUGACCCAGUCAUUACCAGCACUCAUUUUUGCCUUUGCGGGGUUUUUUCAAAUGGCUAUGUGGGCGAAAGGUAAACACCAUAAUUAUGUGCGCGAAUUUCCAAACUAUCCAAAACAUCGACGAGCAAUUAUCCCCUUCGCUAUGGCAGCUCAGGCAUUGCAAGCAAUUGUGUUAUGUGGUGGAUUGGGUAAUCGGAUGACCAGUUUGACUGAUCAUAUCCCGAAAUGUAUGCUUCCAAUCGCUGGUAUUCCCAUGUUUUGGUAUCCACUCAAUUUUUUGCAAAAAAAUUCGAUAAGAGAGGUCAUCAUGGUUGUGGCCGAAAGGUUGCUGGGUGAAAUCAGGCAGCUUUUAUGUAGCUCCGCCUUGCCACCGUUGAGUGAUUUACAGAUUGAAUUUGUGAAAUUAAGCAGUGCUGCUGAGCACUGGGGUACUGCAGAUGUGCUGAGAUUCAUAGAUGCUCGAAUCAAGAAAGAUUUCAUUGUUGUUAGUGGUGACUUUGUUACUGAUGUGAACCUAGCUCCAAUGCUGUCAUUACAUGCCGCUGAGAAUGCCACUUUAACAUGUUUAUUGUGCGAUCGGGUUAUCACAGGACCAGUUCCCGGACCUAAAAUGAAACUCUCGAAAGGCCGCGAUUUUAUUGUCCUUUCGGAGAAUAAUCAGCUACUGUUCAAUGGUUCAGAAGAAGAUUAUGACGAGACGAUCGCUGUGCAUGUUGAUUUGCUUGAUAAGUGUCGAACUGCUUAUUUCACUGCUAAAUACAACGACUGUCACUUAUAUAUCAUGAAGAAAUGCAUUUCAAACAUUAUCAAGGAGCGCAAGGAAUUUACAUCACUGAAGGCUGAUCUUAUCCCGUACAUUUUGGAAAAACAGAAUGCAAAAGAUGGCCACGAAUUGACUGAACAUCUCGGGAUCGAUCCUCUCGAUGAAAAGGUGCAGAAAUUCAGCUUUGGUACGACUGCUGUAAAAAGUCUCCAAUAUCCUUUGAAAUGUUUUGCCUAUUUACUGCCACCAGAGAAUGGCUUCAUUGUUGGGCAUGUGAACACCAUCGGAGCUUACUUUGAGAUUAAUAAAGCAAUCAUCCGUUUUUUAUCAAGUUUUUCCGAAAAAAUUCCUGUUGGACAAUCAAUAGAUGGCAGUGGUACCGCAUCCGUCUCUGAGUCUUACAUCCAUCCUACUACUCGCAUUUCUUUAAAGAAUGAUGGUGAAGUGCACGCGGCCCGUUCAGAAAGAUCAAUUAUCAAGCGCUCCGUGACCGGUGAGAAAUGUGUCAUUGAGCCAAAAAGCAAAAUUAUCGGUUCUUUGCUCAUGGAUGGAUGUCAAAUUAAUGCGGGGGCACAAAUAACCAAUUCAAUUAUUUGUUCGGGUGCUGAGAUUGGUGAAAAUGCUAGUAUUUCUUCAUCGAUUGUAGUCUGCCAACAGAUAGUUCCCGCAAAUGUCAAAAUGCACAAUGAACUUAUUGUUCCGAAUAGUGAAGUAGAGCUGGAGAAAUGGACUCAAGAACUAUGGUAGAAUAAAUGUCUGAUUCUGAUGCGGACAUUAUGUUAUCUCACCUCUCUGAACUGUAUUGUAUUGUCUAUGAAGUUCAUCAAUAAAUUAUGUUCGUGGUCAAUGGGUGGAACGUCUCACCACGAAUCGUAGUCAUAAAAAACCUCGCAU